AUGAAUAAUACUGGGUUUGUUCGAGAAGACGAUUUCGUAUCUCCAAUCGAGAAUUCAAGUGAUAUUAUUCAGGCACAAAUCGAUGUAAUCAAUACAACUGCUGAUGUUUUUAUGCCAGUUAGUGAUUGGCGUUCAAAACUUCGUAAAUUAUGGAAUGAUUAUCAUUGGCAAAUGCGACAUUAUUUUUAUAUUCAUCUUUCUGUAUUCUUUUGUAAUACACUUAUAUGUGGUGCUAUUGUAUGGAAAAUUGAAGAAUAUCAAAUACCUUAUGUUGAUUGUUGGUUUAUUAGUGCAACAUGUGUAUUUACAUGUGGAUUACAAACAGUUGCUUAUGCUGAUUUUAGUCAACCAUCACAAAUUCUUCUUCUAAUAUUUACAAUGAUUUCUGGUAUUACUGUAAGUACAAUUCCAGCUGUUUUAAUUAAAAUUUAUCGAGCAAAACGAGAUAAAAAUAAUAAUGAAGAAAUAUCAUCAUCAUCGUCAUCAACAAAUGAUAAUAAUGAAUUAGUAAUUCGACAGUUUCUUCGUCGGGAAACAUUGGAUCCUACGUUAGAUGGACAACUUCGAUCAUUGCCUAAUUCACAACAUCUUCGUGUUAGAGCUUAUAUCAUGUUGAUUGUAAUCAUUCUUUCAACUUGUUUUAUGAUUUAUCUGAUUUCAUUUCUUGCUAUGGGUUUUUGGUUAAAAUAUCAUUAUGAUCCAAUAGAUUUAUUACAAGCAAAUCAAACAAUGAAUCCAUUCUAUGCUUCAUUAAUUCUUACUAUUACUAGUUUCAAUCAAAAUGGACUUUCACCUUGGGAUAAUGGUAUGACUUUAUUUGUUACAGAUAUAUUUAUGAAUAUUUUCAUUAUGCUUGCUGUCAUAUCUGGAACAUCAUUAUUUCCAGCUAUUCUUCGUGGUGUUAUUGUUCUACUCAAACAUUUUUCACCUUGGAAAUACAAAAUCUUUUUUGAUUAUAUCUUAUUGAACAAUCAUCGUUUGUCCGCUGUCAUUUUUCCAUCAAUUCAAACACGUCUCUAUGUCUCUGUUACUAUUUUAAUGCAAAUACUUGGAGUAACAGUAGCAUUAAUAUUAGAUUUUCAUAAUGAAAAGUUAGCUAUGUAUGAUGGAGGAGAAAAAUUUAUGAUAUUUAUGUUUCAAGUAGUCAAUACACGUUUUGGAGGUUAUGCAACUAUUACUAUUACUGAUCUCUCUGCAGCAACAUUGCUUAUCUUUGUUCUUUUAAUGGGCAUCAAACCUCAAAUGUUAUGUACAAUCAAUGAAACACCAUUUGAAAUGGAAUGGGUUCUUCUUCAAACACAACAACAAAUUGAAAAUAAAGUAUCACAUAGUAAUGGACAGACUAGUGUUGAUAUAUUUUUACCAGUUAAUCGAAUGAAACAUUAUCUUUUACGACAAGGUUCAUUAACAAAAGCAGAAGCUAAAAAUUAUUUUGUAAGAAAAAGUCGAGCUGAAGCAAGUAUCAAUGAAUUAACUGAAAGACGUGUUCAACGUCGUAUGAGUGCUAUGUCUGCUGGUGGAUAUAUAUCAAUAGAAGGAUUUGAUGAUAAAUUAACAAAUAAUAUUCAUAUUUCUCUUCUUCGAAUGAAAUUAUUAUUAAUUAUAUUUUGUCGACAUGUUGUUCUUAGUUUAUUUAGUCUUCUUACGUCAACACGAACAUGGCUAUUUAUUGUUGUCUUUCUUAUUUGUUGUUUUGAAGCACCUCGUGUCAUACCAAGUAAUCCACAAAUUACUGUUUUUCGUAUUAUAUUCGAAGUUAUCAGUGCUUUUGGUGGUUGUGGACUUUCAUUAGGAUUUUCAAAUAUAACGUCGAGUCUUGCUACUGUACUUAGUACACCGAGCAAAAUCUCAUUAAUAUUAGUAAUGUGUAUGGGUAGACAUCGAGGUCUACUCGAUUCAAUGAAAGAUCAAGAAUGUAUUGAAUAUAGUGCACAAACAUUGAUCGAUAGUUGGAAACAAGUUGCCAUAUUUGAAUACAAUGAAAAGAAAAUCAUGAAGAUUCGAAAACAAAUCCCACCAAUGUCGGCUACCAUUAUCAAAACAACAUCACCAGUGACUACACGAUUUUAA